AUGAAAUCCCUCGAGAGCUUCUUCGGAAUUGGCCACCACACCUCGUCCCGCCUCCUCGCCCGCUUCAACAUUCACCCGACCUGCCGCGUCGGCGAGCUGGCCAACAAACAGGUCCUGGACCUUACUGCCGUGCUGUCGGAUAUGAAGAUCGAGAAUGAACUGCGAAGAGAAGUUGUGAAUGAUAUCAAGCGCCUGAAGGAGACGGGCACGUACCGCGGCCGACGCCAUGCCUUGGGUUUGCCGGUGAGGGGACAGCGGACAAGGAACCAGAACAAAACUCCUGUCAAGCUGAACCGCAUGGAGCGCCGUCUUUAA